GAAUGCCGUCGCGUAAUGACCGAUAUAGUGAUUCCUAACCUCCAAAUGUCCUCUGACGAUAACGAGGACGUGGCCUUCAAGGUUCUUAACCAAGACGACCUCCCCAUGAUCUCUGUUAAAGGGGAGACCAUAUUCAAACCCUUCGGCAACGAUCCGAAGGUAAAACCCAACCUGAUUGUCCAUCCGACCAGAAGGAUCAUUAGCAACCUAGAAGAGAAUAAGCAGAAGGCCAAGUCUCAGGGUAACAUCAGCGGCAAAAGUCUGAAGAAAAAGCUCAGUAACUCCCAUGGACAGUUGAACCACACCAACAGUAAUGUUGGAAUAAAAAUUGAGGAUCUUAAGAGCCAGAUUGACACGAAGUUCACAAGAACAUUGGACGCUAAACUGCGACGCCUUCAACGCGAAGAGAAACUGAUUGUAAAGAAAUCGGUGCUGGCGCAUAAUCCGCGCAAACCGUUCGUCACCACGGUACCCAAGGGCACGUUCCUGGAACCACCUAGAAACUCCGUGGAAAAAUCCGUUAAGAAGGAGGAGCCGAGAAAGUUGUUUACGUACGCAAGUCAACCGAGGGUGCUGAAUAGGACGCCCGCUAAGUUCGGGCAUGUGCAGAGAUGCGCAGCCGCACUGGCGGCCGCUAAAAUUGUUGGCGGAGUCGCCGGGAUACCGGGGUUCCGGGACGGAGUGCUUGAGGAGGCCAAUUAUGGAAACGUUAUGCACGACAAACGAGUGUACCGGGGCAGCAAUUUUGCCCAACAACAUUUGGGAGAUGGCGAAUCAUCAGCAGCGAGGGCAGCAGAAGCCAGAAGAAGAGCUUUGGCAAGAAGAAAAGCGAAAAAUCAGCAUUACAAGUCGUCCCAGCUACGAUUGGGCUCCCCACCACCUGUAGCUGGGAGGCGUCACGAAAACAUCCAAACUGAAACUUACUUGGAAGAGCUCUUCGUUAACCCACCGGUAUCGGACGUGUGCACCCAAACUGACUUAUUCGUCGAACGACCAGUUUCACCAUUUUACGUUCCGGCCAAGACCGGAGCCGACGUGGAAACUCAAAUUUACCCGGGAGAUCUCUUUGACUUCGACAUGGAAGUACAACCGAUCCUCGAGGUCCUCGUAGGCAAAACGGUGGAGCAAGCUCUAAUAGAAGUGCUCGAGGAGGAGGAAUUGGCCGCGCUAAGAGAACAACAGAGACGGUUCUUGGAGUUGAGAGCGACAGAGACGGCGGAGGCGCUCAGACUGGAGGAAAGAGAAAAAAGACUGGUGAAAGAGAAGGAGCGUCGGAUCGCGGAACAUCAGGAGGGAGUGAAGGUUCAGAAAGAGAUGGAGGAGAGGAUUGCGGCGGCGGUGCUCAUGCAAGGCUACAUGGCGGACUUGCUGCCAUCUGUUAUUGAAGGAUUGGAAUCCGAAGGGUUCAUGAUGGAUAAUAUUAAAGAAGAUAUUGACGAGUCCUUCAUGCCCUGGUUAAUCAAGGAAGUCACGCACGAGCUGCAGGACAUGGUGUGUAGCAGGGACGUUCUUGCCGAUAUCGUACGGGAAAUCUUGGAAAACCGGGCAGAAAUCUAUAAGGCGUUGAAUAAAGAGUCCGACGUAAGUCAAGAAGAAGAGGAAGAAGGUCCUUCCAUUGAAGACAUGAUGCUACAAGACCAUUUGAGACUACAAAGGGAAAUUCUUAAGACCAGAGAGCGUCAAGGCUCUAAGGAGCCUACCGAGUCUAAUAAAGAAGUUCAAUAGCAAAGGGUUCAUUUAAGCAAAAGUAUGGAGUACCCACCACCCUAUAAAAAAGAGUACCUAAUAUGAAAAUUUUACCAUAUUUUUAAAAACCUUAUUAGAGUGCACUUUAUAUUGUAUACUUUUAAAAGGUAUUUUAUUGUAAAUUUGUUGCGCAAAAAUAUAUUCCUAUUGUUUAA